GAGGAUUUAACAAGUGAUUUUACAGGAUCAAUCCGCUUAGAUGAUUCAUAUUCCGAUUGUUUGAACGAGCAUCAUAUUAGAGAAUCAGUCGAUCUCAAUGAUAAAAAAGUCGGUGGUGGUUGUUAUGAUUCUACUGGGGAUAAUAUUGCCUUUGUUGCUAAAAGUAGAGCUAAUCUUCUCAUUAGAAGAUCAACCAAUCCUAAAGAUGAAAAUGAUGAAAACAUUUAUUAUGAUUCUAUUGGUAAUAAUGUUGUUUCUGUUAAUUGUGAUGUUACUUCCCUGACUAGAGUUAGUGGUAGUCAUGAUACCUUUG